AUGAAGGCCGCCACUGCAUUCGUCGUGGGGGACAUUGUCCUGCCGCUGCCUCGCGCAUUCUCUGUUUUCGAGGAUCAGCUGGUGCUGCCGGAUGGCAUCACGGUGCGCCACGGCGAUGACUUCAAUGUCACCAUCAUCAGCCACUUCCUCGUCGCCGUGAAGCCCUUAAGCGCUGAUGCGGAGAUCGUCGUGAAUUUCAACUUGUGCUUCUACGACCUGCUCAAGUCGAGCAUGUCGCCAGCAACGCCGGCGAGCGAGGGGGGAGAGACGCACACGCCGAAGGCGAAGUCAGCACACACCUUCGAGCGCCCCGUUGUGCCAGGCUUCCGCUAUCUCGAGGAGGAGGCCAAGCAGGAGCUCUACCGCCUCGCCGAUGAGCAGGUGCGGCAGCAGGCCAUCGACGACGGCUUCCUCCCCCGCGGCAGCGACGAGGGCCAGCUGGCGGUGGUGCGGGCGAAGGCUGGCGAGCCAGUGGCGGUCAGCACCAAAGAGCAUGAAGAAGGUGACGUCGUCUUCGAGACGACCGGCGUGCCGCUGCCAUUCCCGAUUCGCAGCACUGUCGAGCUGCCGGGCGACUUGCACCUGCGGUUGACAGGCGGAUCUGAGUUUCUGCAGCACUCCUGCCUCCCGAGCGUUCGCCUCGAGAUCGACGGUGCGCACAUCCGCGGCAUUGCCCUGCGCGCCAUCGAGGCAGACGAAAAGCUGACCUACAACUACCUCACAACGGAGUGGGAGGUCAGCAAGGUGUUUCACUGCUCCUGCAACGUGUACUGCUGCUACGGCUUGAUCAAGGGAUUCCGCUUCCUCGAUCGCGAGCAGCAGGAGCACCUGCUGCCGUACUGCAGCCCCGCCGUGUGCGAAAAGUACCGCUCGCCGCUGCUCUCGGGAGCCACUUUUGGCGCCUUGAACGGCAGCACCGCACUGUUCACGACGACAGAGGGUCGUCUGACCUCACAGCGCGAUCUUGCGGCGGGCACGGUGCUGUUCAAGGUCUGUGGCACCCCGCAGCGGCAGCAAAACGAGCUGGUGCUUGAGCGGCUGCGCCUGUCGCACUCGUGUGAUGCGAACACCGUCCUCGUGAACGGCCGCGUCGUCGCGUCUCGCCCGCUCUCCGUCGGCGACGCGGUUACCUUCAACCUGAACCUCCUCUACUACACGCUCUCGCCAGCCCUGCCGUGUUCUUGCGGCUCUGUCAGCUGCACCGGUCACGUCAGCGGCUUCAAGUCGCUUCCCGUCAAGACGAAGCAAUCGUGGUGGAGCACGGCAUCGAAUGAGGUGCGGGCGGCAGCGCUCGAGGACGGUUACGAGAUCGUCUCCUCCAGCACCUUUGCAGACGUGCGGCGCACGCUAACCAUCGGCAACGCCACAUUCGCAAGCCGAAACAUUGCCGCCGGCACGCGGAUCUUCCACGUCAACGGGCUGGUGCUGCCCUUCCCUACUGUGUACACCAUCUACCUCGGUGAGGGGAAGCACCUGCUCUUCGCAGACGGGGCGCAGUGCCUCGCGCACAGCUGCGACCCGAACACGCGUGUUGUUGUGAGUGCCGAAACAGGCAGCUUCGACUGCUUCGCGCUGCGCGAUAUCGCUGUGGACGAGCUGAUCUCCUUCAACUACCUGGCGACGGAGUGGGACAUGAGUGAGCCAUUCACCUGUGCAUGCGGCAGCAGCAACUGCCAUGGCCGCAUCGCCGGCUUCCGUCACGUGAAGCGGGAGGGUCAGCUGAAGCUCUGGAGCAUGGCAACCCGAGCUGUGCAGUCUCUCUUCGCACAGAGCAUUCGGCAGACAGCAAGCACCCUGGCCACGCUCAACAGCGCGCUUGUGGCCCCGGCCGGCAUGAGCGGCGCUCUCUCGCUCUCUAGGGACCUACCGUCGGGCACAGUGCUCUUCGAGGCGGCGGUGGGCUUCGCGGUGGAAGGCGAUCACGUCUGCUUCGGCGACAUCUCUCUCGCCCACUCCUGCAACGCCUCGGCCGUUCUGUUGGAGGGCCGCGUUGUGUUGAGCGAUGCUUGCACGGCCGGCACCGCCGUCACCCUGAACGUGAAUCAGCUGUGCUACAAGCUGGCAAAGCCCUUCACAUGCCACUGUAACGGAGCCGACUGCACGCACGUCGUCGGAGGCUUCGCCGCGCUGUCAGAGAUGAAGAAGGCGCGCAUUCUGCUCUGCACGGCGCCAGACGUGCGCGCAGAGGCGACUGCUGCCGGCUUCAGAACUCCCUGCCCGUGCCCCUUGGUGACGGUGAAGGCGAACGGGGUGAUGGGGCAGGCCACCUUCGCGGCACGCAGCAUUCCAAAAGGCACCCGCUUCUUCAAGGUGAACGGGCUUGUGUUGCCCUUCCCAACGGUGUACACCAUCCAGCUGGAACGGGGUCGCCACCUGCAGUUUGCCGACGGUGCGCAGUGCCUUGCCCACAGCUGUACACCAAACGUGCGCAUCAUGGUCGACGCAGAGAGCCGCUCGCUUGACUGCCUCGCCCUCCGUGACAUUGAGGAGGGUGAGUUGGUCGCGUUCAACUACUUGACGACGGAGUGGGACCUGAGCAACCCGUUCUCGUGCCUGUGUGGCGGUGACAGUGCCUGCUUCGGACGCAUUUGCGGCCUGAAGCACCUAUCUGGGGUGCAGCGGCAGCGACUGUGGUGGAUGCUGACCCCAGCAAUGCGCCAGCUGGGAGAUCAGUCAUUCAACUGGAGGGCACUAUCGGGGGCGCAGCUGCGCACUGACCAAGACGGACGUGUGCGCGCCGCAAAGGAAUUGAAGGAGGGGCUCAUCAUUUUGGAGGCUUUGCAGGUGCAACUGCGAGUCGGCUACGCGCUUGUGGGUGGCGUGCAGCUGAGACACAGCUGCGUGCCGACAGCCGCGAUAGUGGAAAGGCGUGUGAUCGUGAUCGGGACGGUCUGUGCCCAGACAGAGAUCACGCUCGAUCUGAACUGUCUGGCCUUCACCCUGGCGGAGCCGUUCACGUGCACGUGCGCCGCCGACGCGGCCCCGCACACGGUGAAGGGCUUUGCCGCUCUGUCCGCGGCGGCGCAGGCGGCACGGCUGAUUCUCACGGAGCCAUCCGUGCGCGCGGCGGCUCUGCGUGAUGGCUACCGAAUUCCGUGCAGCUGUCCGCUUGUGGAGGUGCACGCGAACGGCGAAAUGGGCCAAGCGACGUUUGCUGCCGUCGACAUCACCGCAGGCAGCUGUUUCUUCCAAGUGAAGGGGCUGUGUAUCCCGUAUCCGACCCUGUACACCAUCAUGUUGGACGAGGGUCGCCACCUGCUCUUUGCGGAUGGGGCGCAGUGCCUCGCUCACAGCUGCGACCCCAACGUGCGCGUUCGUGUCGACGCAAUGAACAACACGCUCGAGUGCCAGGCGCUGCGGGCGAUCAAGGCUGGCGAGCUCAUCACCUUCAACUAUAACGCGACGGAGUGGGACAUGACCACGCCGUUUCGCUGUCUGUGCGGCUCGCCGCAGUGCGUGUACGAGAUUCGCGGCUUCAAGCACCUUUCCCAGGCUCAGCGCGCGUUGCUCCAGCGGCAGGCGACGCCGGCGAUCAAGGCUCUGGCCUCUGUUUACGCGGACGUACAGCUGCCCGCGACGCUGCUGCGUGCGGCGCCGGACGGCCGUCUCAAGUCUGCGCGUGCGGUGGCCAAGGGCGACAUCCUCCUGGAGGUGAUGUACCUGGAUGUGCAGCCGAAUCAGAUAUGUGUUGGGCGUCACUACGUGGUGCCGCACGACACGGACCGGUACAACUGUGUGCUGGUCGAGGGGCGCCUCAUCGCCAGCCGCCCCGUGGCUUCCGACGAGCAGCUCUCGGUGAACAUGAACUUCUUCGUGUACGACAUGACGGAGAUUUUCCCGCACACCUUCGACGACGCCUGCAAGGGCUUCAAGUUCAUGGACGACUCAGUCAAGCAGGAGUGCCUCUACCUCUGUGAGCCGCCGGUGCGUGCUCACGCAAUGUGGGAUGGCUGGAUUGUGAAGAGCUCGCAGGACGCUCUUGUGGUGCGGCCCAACGGCGACAUGGGCCAGACCGCCUACGCGUGCCGAGACAUCCCAGCCGGGACAACGCUGUUCCACUGCACCGGACUUGUGAUACCUUUUCCCACCAUGUACACCAUCUGUGUUGGCGUUCAUCAGCACCUCCUCUUUGGCGACGCUGCAGAGUGUAUCGCCCACCAUUGCGAUCCGAAUGUCGAGGUGCGCGUCGAGGAGUCUGGCGAGGGCACCUUUGACUUUGUGACGAUCCGCGACAUCGCGAGGGAUGAGAUGAUCGCCUUCAACUACACGACAACGGAAUGGGACAUGAACACGCCAUUUGUGUGCCUCUGCGGCUCGCCCAAGUGUGCCGGGACGGUUCAGGGCUUCAAGCACCUCCAGGAAACUGGCCAGCAGCGCCUGUGGCCAAUCACGUCGAAGGUGGUGAAGGAUCAGUGGAAGCUGUACACCGCGUCCGCCUAG